AGGAGGGGGCUGCCCCAGCGCCGGGCCUGCGCUCGCCUCUCCUCCUCCUCCUCCUCCUCCUCCUCCUCUUCUUCUCCGCCUCCUGCUGACGUCUCGCCCGCCGCCUGCAAAACUCCGGGCGGCGGCGGCUGGCGGGCUGACUGGCUUGGCUGGCUGGCAGCGGCCGGGCGAGGAGGCGAAAGGGGGAAAGCGAUGGGAGCGGCGGCGGCGGCGGCGGCGGCCGCGGCCGGGGUGGCCUCUCCGUGCGGCCGCCGGCUGGCUCGGCGCUCGCACUCGGCGCUGCUGCUGGCGCUCACCGUCCUGCUGGUGCAAACGCUGCUGGUCUGGAAUUUCAGCAGCCUGGAUGCGGCUGACGAGCAGCAGCAGCAGCAGCAGAAGCAACGGCAGCACCAGCAGCACCAGCAGCACCAGCAGCCGCCUCCGCGGAGAGGCGCCCUGGCCGGCAGCAGCCCCAGCCCCAGCCGGAGUGGCCACACUAGCAGCAGCAGCAGCAGCCGCCGGCGAGAGAAGCGCGAUCUGGAGAGCCGCGACGGCCCCCGGGCGCCGCAACCCCGCCGGGCUGCCGGCGGCGCUUCCCGCGGCAAGGCGAUGAUGGAUCAACCUCUGAACCCUGAUAAAGGCUUUGAAGCUCAGGACGGCUAUUUUUCCCACCGGCCAAAGGAGAAGACACGAACGGAUAGCAACAAUGAGAAUUCUGUCCCCAAGGACUUCGAAAACAUUGACAAUAGCAAUUUUGCUCCCCGGUCCCAGAAGCAGAAGCAUCACCCAGAACUGGUGAAAAAACCCAUCAGUGCACAGAAGGAACGCCUACGGAGAAAGCUAGAACAGGAAGAGAAAGCCAAGGAGAACUCCGUCCUCGGGAAAAAAUUCAGUGAGCGGCUGCCCUUGGACAAUUCUGCCCCUAAACCCAACAACAAUGGCAACUCUCUGAAAGAUACCCCAAGGUCCCUCGGACAGCCUCAUAUGAAACGGAGUGGGAAUGGCUCCCCUGAGCUUGGAUAUGAUCAGAUGCCAAAAUGUGACAUUUCAGGCAAGGAGGCCCUCUCGGCUCUAUCCAGGGCCAAAUCCAAGCUGUGUCGUCAAGAAAUUGCCGAGACAUACUGUCAACACAAGCAAGGGAAGCUCAUGCCCGAGAAGGUGACUCGUUUCUGCCCGCUGGAAGCAGGGAAAGCCAAUAACAAUCUCCAGUGGGAUGAGGACUCUAUAGAAUACAUGCCAGCUGACCCAGUCAGGAUCGCGUUUGUCCUGGUCGUCCAUGGCAGAGCUUCUCGCCAGCUGAUGCGCAUGUUCAAGGCUAUCUAUCAUCAGGAUCAUUUUUAUUACAUCCACGUUGACAAGCGUUCCAACUAUUUACACCGGCAAGUGCUCCAGUUCGCAAGCCAGUAUCCGAAUGUGAGAGUCACCUCCUGGCGCAUGGCUACCAUCUGGGGCGGAGCCAGUCUUCUUUCCACCUACCUCCAGAGCAUGCAGGACCUCUUGGAGAUGAAGGACUGGCCGUGGGACUUCUUCAUUAACCUCAGUGCUGCGGACUAUCCUAUCAGGACGAACGACCAGCUUGUCGCAUUCCUGUCCAGAUACCGGAACAUGAACUUCUUGAAAUCCCACGGGAGGGACAACGCAAGAUUUAUUAGAAAACAAGGCCUUGAUAGAUUGUUUCUGGAAUGUGACACCCACAUGUGGAGACUCGGGGACCGGAAAAUUCCAGAAGGAAUCACUGUGGACGGUGGUUCCGAUUGGUUUCUACUGAACCGGAAGUUUGUCGAAUACAUCACAUUUUCAACGGAUGACCUGGUCACCAAGAUGAAACAGUUCUACUCCUUUACUCUGCUUCCUGCUGAGUCUUUCUUCCACACCGUCCUGGAAAACAGCCCUCAUUGUGACACCAUGGUGGACAAUAACCUGCGUAUCACAAACUGGAACAGAAAACUGGGCUGCAAAUGUCAGUACAAGAAUAUUGUGGAUUGGUGUGGGUGUUCGCCCAAUGACUUUAAGCCAUCUGAUUUUCACCGGUUCCAGCAAACGGCAAGACCAACCUUCUUUGCCCGCAAGUUUGAGGCGGUUGUCAAUCAGGAAGUCAUCUCUCAGUUGGAUUAUUACCUCUAUGGCAACUAUCCUUCUGGUACCCCGGGCCUUCGAUCCUACUGGGAGAACGUCUAUGAUGAACCAGAUGGGAUCCACAGCAUUAGUGAUGCUGCAUUGACUCUCUACCACUCUUUUUCCCGUUUGGGCCUGAAGAAAAUUGAAACAUCCUUCCAUACGGAGGGUGACAACAGUUGUCGAUACUACCCAAUGGGGCAUCCAGUGUCAGUCCACCUCUACUUUCUCGCUGAUCAUUUUCAGGGCUUCCUCAUCAAACAUCACACAACCAAUUUGGCUGCCAGUAAACUGGAGACCUUAGAAACAUGGGUGAUACCUAAGAAGGUGUUCAAGAUUGCAAGCCCCCCAAGCGAUUUUGGAAGGCUACAGUUCUUGGAGGUUGGAACAGACUGGGAUGCGAAAGAGAGAAUAUUCCGCAAUUUUGGAGGCCUCCUUUCUCCGACGGAUGAGCCGGUGGGCAUGCAGAAGUGGGCGAAAGGUCCCAACGUCACCGUGACGGUGAUCUGGGUGGACCCCGUCAACGUCAUCGCUGCCACCUACGAUAUCCUGAUCGAAUCCAGUGCCGAAUUCACCCAUUACAAGCCACCUCUGAACUUACCCCUCCGGCCCGGAGUAUGGACGAUUAAAAUCCUGCAUCAUUGGGUCCCUGUGGCAGAAACCAAAUUCCUGGUUUCCCCUCUGACAUUUUUGAACAAGCAAGCCAUCCGACAAGAAGAAGCCACCAAACUGCAUGGCGGACCCCCGAAGAACUCCUACAUGGAGCAGAGCUUCCAAGGGCUCAACCCUGUGCUAAACAUUCCAGUCAGCGCUGCACAACUGGAGCAGUUGAAGAAGAACGCCAUGUUGACGGGCACCAAGCUGGAGAGCUGGGUGGACAGUUUGGUGGGAAGCGUGUGGUCAGCGGUCGAUGUCUGUACUACAGGCCCAACUUCCUGUUCGGUCAUGCAGGCCUGCAGCCAGACAUCCUGGAGUUCCCUCAGCCCCGAUCCAAAGUCCGAGUUGGGCCCGGUGAGACCAGAUGGACGCUUGAGGUAGCACCCGGUGCCCCGUUUCGCUGGCUUUAAAAGGGAAUCUUGAGCGUUUUGCUCUCGCGGUCAUCUUCGGAUGGGGUUGGCACAGGUUGCUAGUGAACUGAUGGAGUGGUCUUUAAGAAAACCUACGAAUCCAUGUGUUCAAGACGGCCGGGGCUGAAAAUCCCAGCUUCUUUUACUGACCAGUUUUGCCAUCUCAAAGGUUUUGGAAGUUGGGGAACAGGCAGGAAAGGCAAAACCCAUUGUACGAAACGACUGAAGUUUUUAAAGGCGGGGGCAGCAUAUUUUCCAACUCUGAUCAGAGCUAAUUUAUUUCCCAAUCUCAAAGAACAAUAUGCUGUAUCCCGGCCACUAUUUUUUUUUUCAUUUUCCCAAAAGUCUUAGCAAAGCAGCUUAGCCACAAUUGCUAAAAUUCCUCUCUUUCCCCCCCCACCCGCCCCCCCACCACAGUAGUCCUCAUUAUUCAAACCUCCACCUUUGACAUCUCACAAAAACAUUGACAUCAUUACUCCAGGUAGCCAAACUUGCAAGUUUGAUUAUAUUGAAUCCACAGAUGGUACAAUAUUAUACAGGGUUAAUUUCAUUCUCUCAUGCCAACAGAGAUGCGGAGUUCGGUCCUCCCGCUGAGCUAAUGAUCACCCAAGACUUGUCUAGACUAAAGAGAAGCACGGGUGGAGGAAUUCUGGGAGUUGAAGUCCACACGUCUUAAAGUUGCCAGGUUUGGAGACGUCUGCUCUUCCGAAUACAGCUAUCGAGGGAGUCAGCUCCAAGGAGAAAGUCAAUUUGGGGUGUAAAAAGUCCUGUGUUGAAUUUUUCACAUUCCCAAGUCAGACUGGAAAGUAGUUUUCCAGAAAUCCAAAAAAAAAAAAAAUUCCUUUUGUCUAGGGAUUUUUGUUUGUCUAGUUAGACACUAGACUGUUACCAUCUGAAUCUCAGUAUUUUCUUUUGAAGGAAGUUUGGUUGAUCGCUCAGAAAGCAAUCGAUAACUAGUAAGCAUGAGUGAUGGGUCAUGUUCGAAGAGCUGUGCUCAGCAUCUUUUUAACCAGGUUGGAUCAAGUGAUUCAAUUCUUAAUGCGCUAAGCUUGUGGGUUUUCAACUUGACUAAUCAUGACUUAGGGAUGGUAGGCGUCCAACCUGUUUUGUCGGCUUGCGGUUCCGUCUUUUGCCAACGGCUAGAAAAGGGUCGAUUCAAGAAGCAGGUUAAUUCUGUUGUGUGAACAUAGACAAACCAAGGCUAAAUGAGACGGCAUAAGCCAAAUGAGACGGCAUAAGGCUAAAUGAGACGGCAUAAGCAAGCGGUUUCUCCAUUCUGCAGCGCACGAGACGAACACAUCAUAUGCUCCACAGAGUGGCAGGCUGGAAAGGCAUAUCCCUUUGACACACACACACACAUACUCACACAAACACCAAUGUUUAGUUUUGAUCUAUUGUGUGGUGCCUCGUAAAGAAAGGAGAAAGUGCUUUUUAAAAAACGUUCAGACGGGAAACUGAUAGCUGGAAAGAAAUUAGCUGCCUUCUACUCUUACACAGCAUUCCAUUUUGGUGGAGAAAAAUGGGAAAGGCCGUUUUCAGACUUCUCCUAAAACCAAGGAGCAUCCGUUUUAAUCCAGUUUUGUAUUUAUUUAUUUUUUAACUCUUUGCAGGCUCCGUCCAAGUCGUGUUUUAGCUUUGGGAGCUGUUGAGAUUAAGUCAAGGGUGCAAAAAAAAAAAGCCCAAUUUUAUUCCUAAUUAAAUGACCUCAUUCUAACUGAUCUCUAGUGAAUUACUUUAGCCUAGAUUGCACUCGGACAGCAGAGGGACAAAGGUUUCUGUGCGGAGAGACGCACUACUUGAGUAGGAGGUUGAACUAGACGACCUCCCAAGGUCCCUUCCGACUCUGUUAUUCUGGAUCUUCAGUUCAUAUAUCCGCUGAUGGGAUCCUCUGGGAUCCAACCGAUCAUUUUUUUUAACACAAGCUGUCUUUCUCCUUUUGGGGGGGUCCUUCCUCUCAUUUCGAACCCCGCUCACAUUUAAAGACCACAAGAAGAGGAGAAGGGCUGAAAAGAUAACCAGGAACAAACCACCCAACAGCAAAACCUGGUUUCCCAUUUAAAACGAGUUCAGAUUUAAACUUGACCUUGGGAAGACUGGGCUCACGAAUUCUACCGCUGCCUUCCUCCAUGGUUUGAAAGCUAUGAGAGUUUUGCUUUUGGGACUUUUGAAGUCGCAGCGUCAGCUGCGGUGGCGCAAAGGCAGAGCAUUAAAUGUUUAGCUGGCGCAAGAAAGAAAGGAGACGACGACUUGACGUUAUUUAUUUGUGUUUUAGUCAGUGACUAAUGGUUAGAGUACGCUUACACGCAGCUCGGGAGCGAACUUAGCUUGCGAACUAGCGCUGCCCCUGUUAAGGAAAGGCCUUUAAAACGAAAGAAAAAUCGUCUUUUUUUUUUCCCCCUUUCCUUUCUGUUCCUUCCAUUUUUGCUUUUGUUCAACCACCCCCAAUACUGACAAUAGUCACUAGAACGGAGGUCCCCAGUGUAGGAAUGACAUCAUCUCCAAGCAUGUAGAGGUAGUCCUCGAUUCCCGACAGUUUGUUUAGGGCCCUUUCAAAGUUUCAACGGUACUGAAAAUGUGACUUGCGUUAUGUUUUUCACACGAUCGAUGUAGCAUCCCUCCACGUGGCCACGUGAUCAAAACUUGGAGGCUUGGCAACUGGCAUGUACUUAUGACGGUUGCAGUGUCCCCGGAGUCACGUGAUCCCCUUUUGCGACCUUCCCGAUAAGCAAAGUCAACGGAGAAGCCGGGUUCACUUAAACAACCGUGAUACUAAUGUAACAACCGCAGCGACCAACUUAACAGCUGUGGCAAAAGCAAGGUCGUAAAACUGGAGAAAUCUUGUUGAGACAAAUACUGUUUCACGUAGCGGCAGAAAUGUUGGGCUGCGUUGUGGUUGUAAGUCGAGGACUACCUGUACAGUCAGAGCUUGUAGGAGUUUUUUAGAGCUUUUUAGAGUCCUAAGACCAGGAGAUAUUUUACUCAAUGUUCAAGUCGCUCCAAGUGAGAAGACAACUCUUCCAUCACAAGCCAUCCAGUCAAAAGUCUCAUUCCAUACCAGCAUCUCCAUCAUGAAGAGCUGUCUGUGGCCUUCAUAUGGUAUCUCCAUCUGUCCAUUCAGCCAUCCACAUCUGUCACAAGACGUAUCCUAGGACAGGUGUCUCCAACCUUAGCAACUUUAUGACUUGUGGACUUCAACUCUCAGAAUUCCUCAGCCAGCUUUGCUGGCUGAGGAAUUCUGGGGGUUGAAGUCCACAAGUGUCGUGUCCCACCCCCCACUCUGACGAACGAGUCAAGGAAGUCCGUGGCAAACUUGGCAACGAAGCCUCUGCAGCUUGCCAAGUCCCUUCGAGGUUUAUCAGGGCAGGCAGGAGUCCAAGUUGUGACUUCAGCGAUAGGGUCCGGUAUGAGCAAACUCGAUAAGACUUUGCUUGGAUCAAGGUUGGAAUGCCAAAAGCAGGUCCGUUAUAUAGGCUGUGGGGUGUGGCUCCAUGACUCAGCAUUUAUCCAGGCCUGCCCCACCCCUCCUUCUGCUGGCGUCGCCUCUCAGAUCUCCGAAAGUGAGGGUCCUCCUAAUCUGAAUUGUCUUCAGCUGGAUCUGCUCUCAGUAAUUCCAGCACCUGGCUGGCUUCCUCUGACGGCUGAGCUAAAGGAACACACACCGUAUGAGUGAGGUUUAUCGGGCUUGUUCGUUCACUCCUGGCAUCCUCUCUGGGCAUGGGGCCAGGGCCAGGGGAAAGAGGCAUGACAGGCCGUUCAUCUUCAUUAUCAGACUCGGAGUCUGAUAAAAGACCCGGUUGGAGAUGGGAGGGGCCCAACUGAGGAGAGGAGGGAGAACAAGUCACAACAACAAGUCUUAAAGUUGCUAAGGUUGGAGACACCUAUCCUAGGAGACAUUACCUCGUUUCUUCCAUAGAGAACUUUCCUCUGACCCAAACGGAGAAACAUCUAAGUCUCUGCUGAAGAUCAGAUGAUGGGGAUCAGAUGGCCUUUAUUUCUGACCCAACCUUCUCAAUUCUAAAGGACCAAUAAGUUUCAGAUCAACACUCCUCUCUUGCCGUCGUGUUCGCUACUCACCUUUUAGUCUGUUGCAAGGUGUAUUUGUCAAAGGAAGCAAAAUAUACAGUUCAGGAUCAAGGCCAACCUAUUUGUGAUACGGCGGCGGACAGAUAGGCCAGGAGAACGGGUUGAAUGCAGCACGAAUUUGAUAUUUAAGAGGCGCCUCAUGUGUGUUGAAACAAGAACGAGAGUUGACGUCCACCUAUCUGGAGGGUGCAGAGGUUUUGUGGGGUAAGGCUGUUGGGACUGUUUUUCAGAAGAAAGAUCCGCUUCAGAAAUCGGUGAAGAAGAGGUUCCCCUCAUAUGUCUCCGCCAUCUAGAAUCUGCCUUGCAACAAGGUUCCUCCUGAGAUUAUGAGCCAGAAAGGUUGCGUGGAUCUUACAUUCCUUUCCAGACCUGUAAUCUAAGAAACUCUACUAUACAAUAUGGGUCUACUCUACUCCAGUCAGUGCCUUCCAAAUAUGCCUUCCAGUCAAAGCUGGGAGGGGGUCACAGACCUAAAUAUCCAGAGGACACACCAAGUAGUCAAGACUGCUUCCAGGGGUGGGCUUCAAAAAUUUUAGCAAGGGGUUCUCUGCCCGGUUGCUGGGUGGGCGUGGCCUAGUUGGCCUCCUGCACCACGGCAGGGGGGGGUGCAUUUUUGCCCUCCCUGGGCUCCGGAGGCUUUUCUCGAGUCUCUGGGAGGGUGAAAACAGCCUCCCCAUGCUCUGGAGGCCCCCUGGAGGCUGGAAACGGGCCCGUUUCUAGCCUUCCCGAACUUCCAGUACGCCUGUUUUUCGCCCUCCACAAACCUCCGUGCACUCCCUGUACUUACCUGCAUCCAAAACAGGACUCCCAGGUGGGGGGCCGGGCCAGCCAGGAAUGGGAUUUGGGGGUUCUCCAAAUUGCACAGAAUCUUAGCUAGAGGUUCUCCCGAACCCCUGUGAACCCCCAGCAGCCCCACCCCUAACUGCUUCUCCUCUGCAUCUUACACAAGCUUUUAUUUUUUAUUUUUUUAAAAAGGAACCUGGCCCUUCACAUAGAGUUGUCCUAUAGUUCUAGCAUCGCCAAUAACCAGGGAAGAGGGGAAUAAUCCUUUAUCCACAUCUAAUGGCUCCGGAUUUGCUCCCGCUGACUUUCUGCUUUCCUAUCUUCUAUGGUUUUGAUCAUGCAAACCAGUGGUGGGUUUCAAAAUUUUUUACUACUGGUUCUGUGGGUAUGGCUCGGUGGGUGUGGCAUGGCUUGGUGGGUGUGGCAGGGGAAGGAAACUGUAAAAUCUCCAUUCCCUCCCCACUCCAGGGGAAGGAUACUGCAAAAUCUCCAUUCCCACCCCACUCCUGGGGAAGGAUACUGCAAAAUCUCCAUUCCCUCCCCACUCUUGGGGGAAGGAUACUGCAAAAUCUCCAUUCCCUCCCCACUCCAGGGGAAGGAUAUUGCAAAAUCUCCAUUCCCUCCCCACUCAGGGGAAGGAUACUGCAAAAUCUCCAUUCCCUCCCCACUCCAGGGGAAAGAUAUUGCAAAAUCCCCAUUCCCUCCCCGCUCCAGGGGAAGGAUACUGUAAAAUCCCCAUUCCUUCCUGAUCAGCUGGGAUUCGGGAGGCAGAGAAUAGAUGGGGGCGAGGUCAGUCAGAGGUGGUAUUUACCGGUUUUCCAAACUACUCAAAAUUUCUGCUACCGGUCCUCCAGAACUGGUCAGAACCUGCUGAAACCCACCUCUGGUGCAAAACCAGUAACCCUAGAACCUGGAUAUCCAAUUUUGAUUAUUUUUAAGACUUGGGGGACUUCAACUUCAUGCUGGCUGAGGAAUUCUGGGAGUUGAAGUCCAGAGGUCUUCAAAAUUACUACGUUUGGAUGCCCCUGCCCUAGAUGGUUUGUGAAGGUCCCGUCAAGAAGCCAGGAAUCCCACUGGCAGAUGCUAUUUGUCCCUUAAAGUUUCUUUGGUCAAACAAACCAAAGCUUGACCCAUCUAAUCAUGAGUCAGAAGUUCUUUUGAUCUCACUUCCUGCCGUUCCCAAGCGCAAGGGGAGCCAAAGGAUUGAGAUUCAGCCAAGUAGAAAAUAUCCGAUAACCGCAGGACACCUGAAAUAAGAAAUAAUUAUUUUCAUCCUAGGAUUCAGAAGCAAUUUCCCCCCCAAAAAAUCCAGCCAUUGGAAGCAAUUUGAGUAGCUAAAGUUCUCGACCAAAACAGUUCCUCUGAAUUGAGGGGGGGAGGGGAGUGACAACUACAGGCAGUCUUUGACUUACAACAGUUCAUUUUGCGACCGUUCAAACUAACGACAGCACAGGAAAAUGGGACUUACGGCUGUUUUUCCACACUUACGACCGUCGGGGCAUCCCCCAUGGUCAGGUGAUUCAAAAUGUUUGGCAUCUGACUCCUCUUUGAAGAUGGUUGCAGCAUCUCGGGGUUAUGUGGGCUGCUAAUGUUAACAGCUGCAGCGAUUCACUUAACAACCGGGACAAGAAAGGUUGCAAAAAUGGAGCGAAACCAGUGGUGGGAUUCAGCCAGUUCGCACCACUUCGGGAGAACCGGUUGUUAACUUUCUGAGCAGUUUGGCAAACUGGUUGUUGGAAGAAAUCAUUAGGGCAGAGAACCGGUUGUUAAAUUAUUUGAAUCCCACCACUGAGCGAAACUCACAUAAAACGUCUCACUUCACCGCAGAAAUUUUGGGCUCCAUUGUGGCCGUAAGUCGAGGAUUACUUGUAGACACAGCCCCCCUCUCCAAACGGUUUUGAAUAGACUUUUCCCCCCUAUGAUCGUACAACCUUAGAAAGGAAGGCCAAUUUCCCCUGCCGACCAACUCUCGUUUCCGUCUGUUCUGGUUGUUGUUUUCGUUUUUAUCCUUUCUGUCUUCGUUUUUUUUUGCUCACGGGUGCUACCAAAGGUACUACCUCACUGAUAAUUUUCAAAAAUUACGUUCGUUUGAGGAACAGAAAAACCAGACAGGGGAGGAAAACGGGGUUUUAAAAAAAAAAUAUCUCUUUUGAGUUGAAUGUACAAUCUAUGCAAAUUUUCUCUCUCUCACUCACUCUCCGUCUCUCUUUCUCUGUGUCUUUCUCUCUCUCUCUCUCUCUUUUUCUCUAUUUUGGUAAUCAAUAAAAGUAGAAGAUGGGGAAAGAAAAAAAAAACUCUUGAGUAUUAGAUUUGUAAAAAAAAAAAAAAAACCUUGCCAAUUAAACAGCAAGUUACUGUACAGUUGUCUCUGAUAACAGAGCACUUUCAUAUCCGGCGCAAUUGGUUGUGCUGCCUUUGUAUAUUAUAAAUAAUAAUAAUAAUAAUAAUAAUGGCUCGUUCUUUGAUUCCGUUUGUGAUUAAGGAAAUAUAUAUAUAGAUAUAAAUAUAUAUAUCACCUUUGAUGGGUUUAAAACGAAACAAAAAAAACACAAAAAAAAACACACACACAAAAAUAAUAAUAGAGGUUCUGUCCCUUGUCAAGACGACUAGCAGCUUCAAUUUUUUUGCUGGGAAUAUGCUGGAUAUGUGCUCCAUUGAUCCGUCCGUUGCCAUUAAGAACGAAAGCGAAAAAGCUUGUUUUCAGAAGUUUUUGAGACUUGGGCUGUGGGUUGACAGAUUUCCCUAUGGGAAUCCUUAUUUCCAACUCAGUAUUCUUGCCAUGGCAUCCGAUGAGUUGCUCCUGUUUGUUUUUUUUAAAAAAAGAAGCCUUAAGGUCCUCCCAUCGUGGUUGUUGUUGUUGUUUUUUUAAACGUGGCCUUAAAACGAAAAAUUAAAUAAAUAAAUAACAAUCGUG